AUGGCCGCGCCGCGGGUUGGGCUGCUGUACGACGAUCGGAUGUGCGCGCACGCGACGCCUGACGGGGAGGAACACCCGGAGAACCCCGAGCGGCUGUGCGCCAUCUGGCGCAAGCUCAACGCCGCGGGUGUCGCGUCCAGGUGUGUGUCCCUUAAGGCGAAGGAAGCUGAGGACAAGUAUAUAGCUUCUGUUCACAGCAAGAGCCAUAUAAAGCUGAUGAAGGAAAUUAGCUCAAAGAAAUAUGAUGCCAGCAGGAACAAGAUUGCUAGGAAAUUCAAUUCCAUUUACUUCAACAAGGGUUCCUCAGAAUCUGCUGUUCUUGCAGCUGGUUCUGUCAUAGAGGUAGCUGAGAAAGUCGCUGCAGGUGAGUUAAGUUCUGCUAUUGCUCUAGUCAGACCUCCAGGCCACCAUGCAGAACAUGAUGAGGCAAUGGGAUUUUGCCUCUUCAACAAUGUGGCGGUUGCAGCUAAUUAUCUCUUAAACGAGAGGCCUGAUUUAGGUAUCAAGAAGAUAUUGAUUGUCGAUUGGGAUGUUCACCAUGGAAAUGGCACACAGAAAAUGUUCUACAAUGAUCCUCGUGUAUUGUUCUUCUCAGUUCACAGAUUUGAUUAUGGAAGCUUCUAUCCUGCUGAAGGGGAUGCUUCUCACUGUUUCAUUGGGGAAGAAGCUGGUAAAGGGUAUAACAUCAAUGUUCCCUGGGAGCAUGGGAAAUGUGGUGACGCUGAUUAUAUUGCUGCAUGGGACCAUGUACUGCUUCCUGUCACUGAAGUUUUUGAUCCUGAUAUAAUACUGGUAUCGGCUGGGUUUGAUGCAGCAUUGGGUGAUCCUCUCGGUGGGUGCUGCAUUACACCAAAUGGAUAUGCACUGCUACUAACAAAGUUGUUAGGAUUUGCUCAAGGAAGGAUAGUGAUGGCCCUUGAAGGAGGUUAUAACCUUAGGUCCAUAGCAAAUUCAGUUUGUGCUUGUGCAAAAGUUCUCUUGGGAGACAAAUUCACAUUCAACGCUCCAGAGAUGCAGCCAUUUGAAUCUACAUGGAGAGUUAUACAAGCGCCGCUUUGUCUUUUGAAUUCCACAUUGGCUAGGCAUAAUGAAUUGAAGACAUGCUGGCCUGUUCUGAGUAGCAAGCUGCCAGAAAAUGCAUCAUUGAGGAUUAGGUCUUCACCAAGCGAGUUCAAUGCUUCCUCUGAUUCCGAAUCUGAUAGUGAAGAUGUUGCUGAGCUCCUUGCCACUGUUGCAUCUGUCAAUGUUAUUGAAGUUGCUGGCGAUGCUAUAAGUGAACACCUCUCAAAGAUGAAACUUGAUGAUGACAACCUUUCAGUGAAGACUACCUCAAGUUGCUCAGCAGCAGAACAGCAUCUAGUUGAUUCAGUAAAAGUACAAAACAAUGCAUCUGUGGUGCUAACCAAAAGAAUAUCUGAUUUAUCUCUCGCUUGGCGAUCAGAUUUAUCAAGAACUGAUGUCUGGUAUGCCAGUUUUGGUUCAAACAUGUGGAGACCAAGAUUUCUAUGCUAUGUUCAAGGAGGGAAGUAUGCUUUAAGAGAUAAAUUUGAUAUUCCUUUUGAUCUGGGGCAGGCUGAGGGUAUGAGUAUAGCGUGCUGCGGAUCACGUGACACAAGCUCACCAAAAGGAACCAUGUGGAAGACUGUACCUCACAGGUUGCUUUUCGGUAGAUCGUCUACCCCUUGUUGGGGAACUGGUGGUGUUGCUUUUCUCAACCCUGAGAUAAACUACAAUGAGAAGUCGUUGGAGCAGUUCAAUGACAUCUUGUUUCAGGAGAACCGUUUAGUGCUGGAGGAUGGCAAAGACGGAAACGUUGUGUAUCCUGACUCUCCUUUGAUUGGUUCAUCUGAAGUCAAGUUUAUAUCUACAAACAAAGCUAUUCAUCUUGAACCUAUUAAGGAUAGCUGGUACUCCAAUGUACUUUAUCUUGGGAAUGAGGAUGAACUUCCAAUUCUAACUAUGACGUGCCCUGCAUCAGAUAUUGAGAGGUUCAAAUCUGGUGAGCUGCCUUUAGCCCCUCCAUCGGAGACAUAUGCGGCCACUCUGAUAAGGGGACUGGUGGAAGGGAAGCAACUGGAUGCGGACGGAGCCACCAAUUACAUCAUUGCCGCUGCUGCAAAGGCCCGUGAAGGCUGCUUCAGCGUGUGCUUUUGUACAGCUAGUAGGUAG